AUGGAAUCUUCUUAUCUGCUUCCGGGCUUCCUUGGCUUUCUCCUGGUGGUGAAUGUGUUAUUUGCAAGAGGAAGACAAGAAGUAAGCUUCUAUCGGAACUACAACGUCACCUGGGGAAAUGCUCAUUUUUCCAGCCUCUACGACGACGCCGAAGUCCAACUUACGCUGGACCAAACUUCAGGAGCUGGAUUUGAAUCUAAAUCAUAUUAUCGAUCUGGAUUAUUUCAAAUGAGGAUCAAAAUUCCAGAACAAAAAUCCCCAGGAGUUCUUACCUCAUUCUAUCUAACUUCAAGGAAAGUGCUGCACGAUGAACUUGACUUUGAGUUCAUUGGUAGCAACGGACCACCUUAUUCUUUGAGUACAAACGUGUACACAAAAGGAGUUGGGGGCCGCGAGCAAAAGAUUCGCCUUUGGUUUUUUGUGGACAAAAUACCGAUCAGAGUGUUCAAGAACCUGGGGAUCAAAGGGACCUACCCAACACAAGCCAUGCAGGUGGUAGGGACCAUAUGGAAUGCCGAGGAUUGGGCCGGGAAGAUCGACUGGUCCAAGGCGCCGUUCACAGCCCAUUUCCAAGGCUUCGACAUUAACGGGUGCGUCGUGCCAGACGUCCUGGAUCCAGGAAGCUUUCGAGGAUGCUACUACAAUCACCGGAAUGCAUGGUGGUCUUGGAGGGCAAAUCAAACCCUAACCAGACGUCAAGGGAUGCAGUACCGAAAUGUGAGGCGCAAGUACUUGGAUUACGACUAUUGCAGCGACAGGACUAGGUACCCUGUGCCUUUCCCCGAAUGCCAAGCACCGACAGGAAUUUGA